UCCCACAAAUACAUCAUUUCAAUGUCCGUUGAAGAAGAAACUACGGCCAAAAUUAUAAUCAAUAAUGCCUCAGUCCGACAUGCAAACCGUUCCCAUCACCCCUUCAGAAACACCAAAGCCAAAUGACAGCUCAACCCCGCCAACACCAGCGCAGUUGGCCUCUCUCAGCCCCUCCCCCAACCACAACCCUUCCCACGAGGAACAUCAGUAUCUUCGCCUAAUCCGUUCAAUCCUCGAAACGGGCGAACACCGCCCUGACCGCACCGGUACAGGCACUCGCUCUCUCUUCGCGCCGCCACAACUCCGCUUCUCCCUCUCAAAACGUACUACCUCCAACCCCACUUCCACCUCUUCUCGCACCCCCGUUCUCCCUCUCCUAACUACUAAACGCGUCUUCCUUCGCGCCGUCAUCGCCGAACUCCUCUGGUUUAUAUCAGGAAGCACAUCCUCCCUCCCUCUCAGCGAAGCCGGCGUCAAGAUUUGGGAUGGCAACGGGAGCCGCGAAUAUCUCGACUCAGUCGGCCUCUCUCACCGCGCUGUUGGUGACCUAGGCCCCGUGUACGGAUUUCAAUGGCGGCAUUUUGGCGCGGAAUACAUCGAUGCCCAGACAGACUAUACAGGCCAGGGCGUGGAUCAAAUUGCAGAGGUGGUACGGAAACUGAAGGAAAACCCAUAUGACAGGCGCAUUAUCCUAAGCGCAUGGAAUCCAGCAGAUUUGAAGAAGAUGGCGUUGCCGCCGUGUCACAUGUUUGCGCAGUUUUAUGUCUCCUUCCCUGCUGGGGAUCGCGAUGAUGGCGGGGAGGAAGGCGAGGAGAAAAACGAGAAGGAGAAGAGGAAAGGAACAUUAUCUUGUCAACUUUACCAACGUUCAUGUGACAUGGGGCUUGGGGUGCCGUUUAAUAUCGCCUCAUAUGCACUGCUGACGCAUAUGUUAGCGCAUGCGGCGGAUUUGCAUCCCGGCACAUUGAUACAUACCAUGGGCGACGCGCAUGUGUAUUUGGAUCAUAUUGAGGCGCUGCAGGAGCAGUUGACGCGGGAGCCGGUGGAGUUUCCCGAGCUGAUAAUUAAGCGUGAUGACCGAGGCUCGGGGAUUAUGGAUGGGUGGAAGGAGGAGGAGUUUGAAGUUGUGGGAUAUAAGCCGCACAAGGGGAUCAAGAUGAAAAUGAGCGUUUAGGGAUUUGUUUGGGAGUUUUAUGACACUUUCUCCUUAGCUCCCUGCAUUUCGAAAGCAUGGAGAAAUGUCGAAUGCAUUCUGAUAUUGUCAAGUUAAUAGACAGUUAGUAUCUUGCUAUAUCAUUUUGACAGUAUAUCAUAUCAAUUGAUGCUAUUCUAUGACGC